AUGGCUGCGACCGAGAAACGCCCCGAGAUCAUCGAGCUCGCUCGAGGACUGGCACGAGUGCCUAUGUGUGAGGACUAUGAGCGUAUGAUAUCUGGAAUGAUGUAUAAUCCUAACAUUGCAAAACUGCAAGAGGCACGGCAUCUGUGUCGUGGACUGGCUGCGGAUUACAACAACCUGGACACCAAGACUGUGACAUAUGACCAGAUCGGCGGCAAGCGUCUAGAGCUAUUGCGGAAACUCGUCGGUAAAGUGGGAGAUGGAACGUUUAUUGAACCACCAUUUCUGCCCGACUACGGAUGCAAUACUGUGAUCGGAAAGGAUUGCUUCUUCAACUGGAAUGUGACUAUCUUGGACACCAGCCUAGUUGUCAUUGGCAAUCGUGUGCAGAUUGGCACUGGCGUUAGCAUCAUCACGGCUGGUCAUGAUACCAGCAUUCUUUCUCGCCGCAAGUUCGUUGAGUUCGGCCAUCCGAUCUUUAUCGAAGACGACUGUUGGAUUGGAAGUAAUGUCAUUAUUCUUCCCGGGGUUCGCAUCGGCCAAGGUUCAACAAUUGGAGCCGGGUCCGUUGUCACCAGGGAUAUCCCGCCAUUUUCUGUCGCUGUCGGGACCCCUUGUCGCGUGAAGAAAACAAUUCCUUCGGCAGAAGAAGAAGAGCAAGAUCCCAACAAUCAGUACCGCAGCCUAGUUCGUGAGGACCGAUGA